AUGGAGUUGGAAUCUUCCUCAGACUCGAGUCCAGUUCAUGUAAUGCUUGUGUCGUUUCAUGGACAAGGCAGCGUCGGUCCUUUUCUUCGUCUCGGAAAGCUAAUUGCUUCAAAGGGAACAGUCGUUACGUUCGUCACUACGGAGUACUGGGGGAAGAAAAUGAGACAAGCCAAGCAGAUCGUCGAAGGUGAGCUUAAACCGGUUGGUUCCAGUUCAAUCCGGUUUGAGUUUUUCGACGAUGGGUGUGCAGAAGAAGAUGUCCGGAGAGGUACCUCCUUGUACAUCCCACAGCUAGAACAAACCGGGAGACGAGAAGUAUCGAAACUCGUGAGGAGAUACGAGGAAAAGAAAGAACCCGUCUCUCGUCUGAUCAAUAACCCGUUUGUCCCGUGGGUCGGGGACGUGGCGGAAGAGUUAAACAUUCUGUGCGCAGUGCUCUGGAUACAAUCUUGUGCUUGUUUCUCAGCUUAUUAUCAUUACCAAAAUGGCUCUGUUCCUUUCCCAACAGAAGCAGAGCCUGAGCUCGAUGUAAAGCUCCCAUGCGUUCCUGUCUUAAAGCACGACGAGAUCGGGACGGUUGCGUAUUUGAAGCAAGAACAGAUGGAAGAGAUGGCUCACGGAGUUUUGAAAUCGGGUUUAUCGUUCUUGUGGGUGAUCAGACCUCCAUUACCAGAUUUAAAGCUGGAGACUCAUGUCGUGCCUCAAGAGCUGAAAGAAGCGUGUGGUAAGGGUGUAGGGAAGAUUGUGGAGUGGUGUCCUCAAGAGCAAGUGCUGGCUCAUUCUUCAAUGGCGUGUUUUGUGACUCACUGCGAAUGGAACUCGACAACAGAGGCUUUGACUUCAGGGGUUCCGGUGGUUUGGUUUCCGCAGUGGGGAGAUCAAGUCACCAACGCGGUUUAUCUGAUUGAUGUCUUCAAGACGGGAGUGAGGCUUGGCCGUGGAGCGGCGGACGAGGGGAUUGUACCGAGGGAGUUCGUAGCGGAGAAGCUUUUAGAAGCGACGGUUGGGGAGAAAGCGAAGGAGCUGAGGAAGAGUGCUUUGAAAUGGAAGGCGGAGGCGGAAGCAGCUGUGGCUCCGGGGGGUUCGUCCGAAAAGAAUAUCCGGGAGUUUGUGGAGAAGUUAGGCGUGAGCAGUGGCUGA